AUGGACCCUAACGAACUAAAAGCCCACACCGACAAGUUACGACGCGUAGCUCGCGUUGCACAUGAGCAACGAGUUCCAUUUGGACAUAUUCGCUCAGAACGCCAUCGCAAUGCCCUGGAUCGCGCCAUCAAGAAUGCCUUAUCUACCGAGCUCGCGCAGUUCACAUAUGCCCAAAUUCUGGAUGGUCUUCCCACAGGCGACGUUGCUUUCGACCGUAGAUACCCUGGCGUGUUUGGCGAGCAUCCCAUAGACUCAGAUCAUGAGGAGCUGUGCCCUGGUGCCAUGGAGAAAGCCCAUGAGUAUUACAAACAAUGGAAUCCCGAGAUCCUUAUAUUUGAUCCAAAGGUGAUUGCGGAUUACCAGGUUGCCGAGUUUGGCUCCAAGGCCUUCAACUUGCGUUUAGUUGAGCUUGUGGCAGUGACACUACAUCAAGUCGGAGCCUUGCUAUUUCAACUUGAUCUGAGAAUUCAUCAAAGAGAUAUAGACAGCAUCGUAAAUUGGAGGAUGCCGCCUAUAGAGGGGCUCGUCGAUGUGCCUCCACGACCAACCCUUUUCAACCAUCACGCAUAUCUCGACGCAGACAUUUAUCCCGAGGGUGUGGCUGACAUUGUUGGGUACUGGGCUGAAGAUCGUAUCCUUGGGGGUGUGGCAGUAUUCGACCGUAACGACGAAGAUCCAACAACCACCCCCAACAUAUACUUUCACUCCUGCCGCCGUCGUCAGACUCAUCGCGUAUAUCAACUCCGCGACGAUCAACAAGAGGCUCUCGUCAAUUUCCUACUUGCCGAUACGAGUUCUCUUCCUCCUGAGCUAAAUCCAUUGCCCGUCUUGAGUAGCGCGCAAAAUCGUAUCCGUGUCGAUUCGGAGAUUGCCAUCACCCAUCACAACAUCUACCGGGACAUCUGGGAACGCAAGCCGCUCACGAUGGAGGAGAAACUGACCAUGGAAAGGCGGCCAAAGUCAGAUCUCGAUUACCCUGAGCUUGCUGAGGAACUGUUUCGGAUCAAUAAACAACUUGGGAUUCCGCUGCCAGGGCUACGAGAACGCUCUCCUUCGUUCUAA